GUCGCUUCGUCUGGCGAAUCCGUCGAAGCAACUUCAGAUCCGAUUUGACCGGCCAUGGGACAGUGCUGCUCCAAGCGGUGCCCAGAGAUCGAUGACGGUGAUGUGGUCAAGCCGGCCGUGGUCAAGGGGCUGUCGACCAUCGAGGUAUCGAGUCCUCAACUGCCCGCGUCGUCGUUCAAUCAGUUGCGCUCGACCACCACCUCGACGCAACGCCGAUCCCAAGCGGACACUGUGACAGCCAUACGUCGCAGCUCACUGGAGGGAGGCAACAACGAGAAUGACAUUAUUAUGUCGUCAACGAGCGGUUCGCCGUCCAAGGACGACCUGUACGGGUCUUCGAUCACGUCGUCCAAGUAUAUUUAUACGUCGCCACCGUCGUCUCCGUCCAAGAGCAGCGACGAGCCCCAAGUCGAGGAGCUGCAGGAUAUUUCCCAGCAGGAGCCAUCCGAACCAGUGUACGUGGCCCCCGAAGACCGACCGAUCGAAUCGGCGUUCAUUCGGGAAGAGCGCAUCCGGCUGGCUCAAAUCCAAGAGCAUUUGCGACUCGAGCGCCAGGAAGCGCAUGAAAAAUGGGUCGCAGAGCUGAGGGAAAAGAAGAAGGAAUUUCUCCCCGACGUGGUCGUGUAUCGGGAUUUUUCCCCGCGGGUCGACUGACCGAUGAGGCCAAUGCCUGCGUGAAAACGGCGGCGGCUUUUAUAUAUAUAAACGUCAUGUUUGGUCGUGCA